UUUCUCACCAACUCUUAACUCAGAUAUUGGACGAGUAGAAAUACGGAAUAUACGAAACAGAGAUCGAAAAAGCUGAACGAGCUUCCAGACGCCACAGAGAGAGGCGACGGGCGUAGUCGUAUAUAGACAUUUGUAUCAUACGGAUACGGAGUAUAUAACAUACACUUCGUAUGUAUCGCUAGUCUUCUAGUCCAGUAUAUAAAGAGGCUCAUGGUGGACCCUAAACCUCUAUUUGUUUUCAAACCCUCCCGCGAAGCAAACUAAUCUUUUGCUUUCUCACUCUGGUCCCGAUUCCAGUUCAGGGAAGAGAACAACCGGUUCACGUCUCUGUGAAUGCGUGAAUAAGAAGAUUGAUUUGUGAUUUAAGUUUGAAGUUCUUGCGCUUCUGUUAGAUUCAAUUGGAUUGAUGGAGGACAAGAAUCUACAGGGUUCUGAUCGAUUUGCCUCCAACUCUUCUCCCAGUGAGAGAGUUGAGCAACAUGCUGUAGCGGAACAGGUAUGCUGCUAAUUGUCUACUGUAUCUUCUAUUUCGCCCAAGGAUGAAAGGGUUGUUUCAGUGAAUGCUUCCCCAGUUACAGCCAUGUCUGCUGUUUCAAUAAAUGUGAAAGAUCAACCUGUUAGUUCUGAAACAAGUGCAGCUUUUCCCACCAUGUAUCCAUUGAAUUCUCACACUCCACCGGAGCAAAGUUUUUGUUAUGGAGGUUAUGAUAACAGCUCAGGAAAUUGGGCUGAGCACUCUAAUGAAGUGAAUCCUAAUAAUUUGCAGGCUGUAUACAAUGAUAACUCAUCAUUCUUUUUCCCUCCUAGCUAUGGUUAUGAUACUCAGAUGGCAUACGGACAAUUCUCCCCUAUUGGCGGUCCUCUAUCCCCCAUAAUGAUAGACGGUCAGCUAUAUUCUCCACACCAAGUCCCGAUAUCUCCAUCCUACUACCCACCUAUUUCACCCGGACCCCCACAUGUUUCUCAAGCUCUUCCUGCCUCGCAGUCUGAGCUAAUAAUGCCACCUGGAGGUGGUCACCAUGAAAGUUUUGGUGAUGGUAUGAUCUACGGACCAGGAUCAGGUUACUACAUGCCCUUUGGAUCUUUUACUGGAGGAGAGCUUCCUGGAAACAGCAACAUUGGAUUUUACAAAUUCCAGAAUGAUUUUAGGUCCGGAGAACAACCUUUGACAAAUCGACCUAAUUCAGUGGACUCCGGUAGAUAUGUUUCUCCUCUGACUUCAGCUGCAUUGUAUCCACAACAAUUUGGCCUACUUGGGUCGUAUGAACAAAAUGUUGCACAGGGUCUUGGAUACACACCAGGCUCCUCUACUAGACACUACAUCCGGGGUGGAUCAUAUCCAAGUUCAAACUAUGCCAGUGGGUCUAGUUGGGAAGCUGGUAACCAGAAUCGCUUUGCUACUGCAAAAGGUUUAAGAAGUGAUAGGGAACAAGGAUCGUCCAACAUUUCUUCUGAGUCCCUUGGUGUAUCCAGUGAGCGGAGCAGGGGGCCCAGGGCUUUGAAGCUAAAGAACAGAAGUUCCACUGAAGAGAACUCCUUGUCCGGAGUGUAUAAAGAUCUUGAUCAGGUCAACCGCCCUGAAUUUGUUGUGGAUUAUGAACAAGCUAAGUUCUUCGUCAUCAAGUCCUUUAGUGAAGACAAUGUUCAUAAAAGCAUCAAGUACAAUGUUUGGUCCAGCACACCCCUUGGAAACAGAAAGCUUGACGCUGCUUAUCGAGAAGCAAAGGAUCUUAGUGGCACUUGCCCGGUUUUUCUGUUUUUUUCGGUCAAUGCUAGUGGACAAUUCUGUGGAGUAGCUGAAAUGGAAGGGCCAAUUGAUUUUGAGAAAGACGCAGAGUACUGGCAACAGGACCGAUGGAGUGGACAAUUCCCUGUUAAAUGGCAUUUCAUCAAAGACGUUCCUAACAUACAGUUUCGUCAUAUUCUACUGGAAAACAAUGACAACAAACCCGUCACUCAUAGUCGAGACUCUCAGGAGGUAAAAUUGGAACAAGGGAUAGAGAUGUUGAAGAUUUUCAAGGAUUACGACGCUGAGGCUUCAAUGUUGGAUGAUUUUACAUUCUACAAUGACAGGGAGAAAGCACUGUUAGAAAGGAAGGCUAAACAGCGGGCUGUGGUGCCAAAGACGACUGCUGCAUCAUUAUCAUCUGUUGAUACUGUAAAUCAUUUAGCUGAUUCCCU